UCCCCACAUCCUGCCCUACUAGGUCAAGUCUCUCUUGGACCAGAGCUUGACCAUCACUGCUGAAGUGGACCAGCUGGUGCUACUGUGGGGGCGUGGGACCUCUCAAGCAAUUUAUCACUUCUGGGAUUACUUCUAACAAAGAUGGCCUUGCUUGGGAAUCCUGUUUGUUCCAGCAUCUUCGAUUUAUGGGACAAGGUUGUGCCAGAAAGUCUGUGGGCAGGAGAACAGCACUAAUCAAGCCAUCCAGGAAACACUGGAGGAUUUGUCCAGCCUUUGAAGAGCUCUAGUCCGCUCUGGCGGUAAGCAUGGUGCCAUUUCUGCAACUUCUGCUGGGGCUCUUAGGGCCGGGUGGCUACUUGUUCCUUUCAGGGGAUUGUCAGGAGGUGGCUACUCUUACGGUGAAAUACCAAGUGACAGAGGAAGUGCCGUCUGGCACUGUGAUAGGAACGCUGUCCCUGGAACUGGGCCGGGAAGAGAGGCGUGGGCAGGCCAGGACUGCCUUCCAGAUCCUGCAGCUGCCUCCGGAGCUCCCCAUUCAGGUGGAUGCUGAGGACGGCCUGCUCAGCACCCGUAGGCGGCUAGAUCGUGAGCAGCUAUGUCGGCAGAGGGAUCCCUGCCUGCUGUCCUUUGAUGUGCUGGCUACGGGGGAUUUGGCUCUAAUCCAUGUGGAAAUCCAGGUACUGGACAUCAAUGACCACCAGCCACAGUUUCCCAAAGGCGAGCAAGAGCUGGAAAUCUCUGAGAGUGCCUCUCUGCACACACGGAUCCCCCUGGACAGAGCUCUUGACCCAGACACUGGUCCGAACACCCUGCACUCCUACACUCUGUCUCCCAGUGAGCACUUUGUCCUGGAUGUCAUUGUGGGGCCUGAUGAGACCAAACAUGCAGAACUCGUGGUGGUGAAGGAGCUGGACCGGGAAGCCCAUUCGUUUUUUGAUCUGGUCCUGACUGCCUAUGACAGUGGGAAUCCCCCCAAGUCAGGUACCAGCUUGGUCAAGGUCAACGUCCUGGAUUCCAAUGACAAUAGUCCUGUGUUUGCUGAGAGUUCACUGGCACUAGAAAUCCCCGAAGAUGCUUCCCCUGGCACUCUCCUCAUAAACCUGACUGCCACAGAUCCCGACCAAGGUCCCAACGGGCAGGUGGAGUACUUCCUCAGCAAGCACGUGCCCCCAGAGGUGCUGCACACCUUCAGUGUCGAUGCAAAGACAGGUCAGGUCAUUCUGCGCCAAUCCCUAGACUAUGAGAAGACUCCUGCCUAUGAGGUGGAUGUUCAGGCAAGGGACCUGGGUCCCAAUCCCAUCCCAGCUCAUUGCAAAAUUCUCAUUAAGGUUCUGGACGUCAACGAUAACACUCCAAGCAUCCACAUCACAUGGGCCUCCCAGCCGUCUCUGGUGUCAGAAGCUCUUCCCAAGGAUAGCUUCAUUGCUCUUGUCGUGGCAAAUGACCUGGACUCGGGAAACAAUGGACUGGUCCACUGUUGGCUAAAUCAAGAGCUGGGCCACUUCCGGCUGAAAAGAACGAAUGGCAACACAUACAUGCUGCUCACCAAUGCCACACUGGACAGAGAGCAGUGGCCCCAAUACACCUUCAUGGUGUUAGCUGAAGACCAAGGACCACAGCCCUUAUCAGCCAUGAGACAGCUCAGCAUUCAGGUCACCGAUGCCAAUGACAAUGCCCCUGUGUUUGAGAAGACCCGGUACGAGGUCUCCACUCGGGAAAAUAACCCACCCUCUCUUUACCUCAUCACGAUCAAAGCUCAUGAUGCAGACUUGGGUGUUAAUGGGAAAGUCUCCUACCGCAUCCUGGACUCUCCAGUUUCUCAGUUAGUAGCUAUCGAUUCAGAAACGGGAGAGGUCACCGCUCAGAGCUCGUUGGACUAUGAACAGAUGGCCAGCUUUGAGUUCCAGGUGAUAGCCGAGGAUGCAGGGCAACCCCAGCUUGCAUCCAGCAUCUCUGUGCGGGUUAACCUCUUGGAUGCCAAUGACAAUGCUCCAGAGGUGAUUCAACCUGUGCUCAGUGAAGGCAAAGCCACCCUUUCAGUGCUUGUAAAUGCCUCCACAGGCCACCUUCUGGUGCCCAUUGAGACUCCCAGUAGCUUGGGUCUAGCAGGUGCUGGUACACCGCUACUGGCCACUCACAGCUCCCAGCCUUUCCUUUUGGCGACCAUUGUGGCAAGAGAUGCAGACUCAGGAGCAAAUGGGGAGCUCCUGUACUACAUUAGAAGUGGGAAUGAUGCCCAUCUCUUUGUUCUCAGCCCCCGCCUGGGGCAGCUCUACAUCAACAUCACCAAUGCCAGCAGCCUCAUUGGAAGUCAGUGGAAGCUAGAGAUAGUGGUAGAGGACCAGGGCAGCCCGCCCUUGCAGACCCGAGCCCUGCUGAGGAUCAUGUUUGUCACCAGUGUGGACCACUUGAGGGACUCUGCCCACAAGCCUGGGUUCCUGAGCACAUCUGUGCUGACCAUGAUCUGCCUGGCUGUUCUGCUGGCCAUCUUUGGGUUGGUCUUGGCUCUGUUUAUGUCCCUCUGCCGGACAGAGAAAAAGGACAACAGGGCGUAUAACUGUCGUGAAGCCGAGUCCACCUACCGCCACCAGCCCAAGAGGCCCCAGAAACACAUUCAGAAGGCAGAUAUCCAUCUGGUACCUGUGCUAAGGGGCCAGAUGGAUGAGGCGGACGAUGUCAGGCCAUCUCACAAGGAUAUGGACAAAGAGGCUAUGAUACAGACAGGCUGGGACCCCUGCCUGCAGGCCCCCUUCCACCUCACACCAACUCUAUACAGGACCUUGCGUAACCAAGGCAACCAGGGAGCACUAACAGAGAAUCCAGAGGUGCUGCAGGACACGGUCAGCCUCCUGUUCAAUCAUCCCAGGCAAAGGAAUGCUUCCCGAGAGAACCUGAGCCUUCCAGAGUCCCCUCCUGCCCCUGGACAACCACGUGUGAGGCCCCCAAAAGUGGUCAGCAGCCCCAUGGUGGGGCUGGCUGGAAACCGGGGGCGUGAAGAGGCCCCACAGAGCCCUCCAACCUCCUCUGCAACCUUAAGGCGGCAGCGCAAUCUCAUUGGCAAAGCACCCCCUGAGAAAGAGUCAGGUCCCCACCAGAUUCUGCGGAGCCUGGUCCGACUAUCUGUGGCGGCCUUUGCAGAACGGAACCCUGUAGAGGAGCUCGCUGUGGAUUCUCCUCCUGUCCAGCAAAUCUCCCAGCUGCUGUCCUUGCUGCAUCAGGGCCAAUUCCAGCCCAAACCAAACCAUCGGGGAAAUAAAUACUUGGCCAGGCCCGGCGGCGGCAGGGCUGCCACUCCAGACACAGAUGGCCCAGGAGCCAGGCCUAGUGGCCAGGCAGAAACAGACCAGGAAGAAGUGCCCUUAGAUUCUGAGGAGGACCUUUCUGUGAAGCGGCUGCUAGAGGAAGAGCUGUCAAGCCUACUGGAUCCCCACACAGGUCUGGCCCUGGACCGGCUGAGUGUCCCUGACCCCGCGUGGAUGGCGAGGCUAUCGUUGCCCCUCACCACCAAUUACCGAGACAAUGUCUCUUCCCCGGAUGAUGCAGCUCUGGAGGAGCCCAGGACCUUCCAGACAUUUGGCAAGGAGGCUGGGCCGGAGCUGAGCCCGAAUGGCACACGACUGGCCAGCACUUUCCUCUCGGAGAUGAGCUCGCUGUUGGAGAUGCUGCUAGAGCAGCGUUCAAGCGUGCCAGUGGAGGCCGCCUCAGAGGCUCUGCGACGUCUGACUGUGUGUGGCAGGACCCUCAGUCUAGACCUGGCCACCAGUGGGGCCUCAGGUUUGGAAGGAGACCCAGGUGGAAAGAAGGGCCUUGAGGGCAGACAUGGCUGCAGCAGGAACCUGUGAACCCAUCUGUGAGGCCUCUGGAUCCAGGAACCAGGUCCCCUGGACGAUGUUAGGGAGCCAAACCAGGAGGAUCCCAAGAAAUGAGCUGGUUUCUAAAAUCUUGGAAUUCCUCAGCCAGGGGUGGUCCCUUAACUUUAGGGUGACUGAUGCUGUCCCCACAGAGAAAUCAGAACCCCAGAACUAAGAGCCAACUGACCAGAGCAUCCCAAAGUGUACGGCUGGUGAACUUUUUGGAGGAACAGGGACAGGUUGGCUGAGGUGUUUGCUGGCAAAACACAUGUGAAGCGUGAAGAAUUGGUCCUCUGGCAGAACAGAUGCCACUGAAUCUCGCAUCCCAAGUAGGGGUGGCAGCUUUGUUAGAUACUCAAGGUGAAAGCUGGCUCUUGGAGAGCCAGGCAAUGCUCUCUGACCUGGGGAUGAAGAAAGCACUGUGGUCAUUGCCCAGUUUGCACCUGCCCUAGAGAGGAUGGAAGAGGACCAGAGUGAGGGUUUAUUGUCAUGCAAGAAAGGCAUGCUGAGCCUGGGCAUGAGGGAUUGGACAUGUUGGGUCACAGAGACAGGUACACAGAUGAGGGACAUGCAUGUCCUUGACUCCAUUGUUACCAAAUUACUGCUUUUUGGCUGAAAGAUUAGCACCUGAAAUGCACCAUUGUAAAUACAGUAUUUAUAUGAGCCAGGCGCCAGGCAUUACAAUAGGAUUUAUAAUGAUUUUCCCACAACCCAGGGAGGGAGAAGUUCUUAUCCCCUACUUCACAGACAAGGACAUGAGGUUUAGAAAACCACAGUGUCUUUCCAAAGGUCAAGCAAGGAGCAGAGGCAGAGCCAGGAUUUAGCCUUAGGCUGGUCCAUCACCAAAACCCAUGGCCUCAACAGUGGCACUGGACUGCCAGCUAAGGAGUGAAAACAUUUCCAAGGUAAUAACUUGCAGAGCACCCCUUGGCAAAAGUGUUGAAAUGAGUAUUUUUCACGCUGCUCAGACCAACAUAACUGAACUUACGAGCACUGAGGACCUGAUGCAGGCCCUGUCCUUUCUCAGCAACUGGCACUAAAGGGACAGAACUUAUCUUAAUUGACACCUCUCCCCUCACAUCCAGUUGGCCACACCUUUCUCUACCAUAGGAAAUUCAAGCUCCAGAGGAUGUGAAUGGAGACUAUGAAAUCCAUACUGACAGCAGCCAACCUUCCCCAGGGUGGGAGAGUAAAGAAAUAGUCAAUAUUUUCCCCAAGGCUUAAGUUGGUUU